CAGGGACGCGUCCGAGUCUGUCCCCUCAUUCAGAGCCCGUGUGCCUUAUCCCCAGGGCCUUGCUCGCGUCCCGGGCGGUGGCGUGUGUCCUCCCGCCCGCACAGGCUUGACGUGGAACAGCCGUGGCCCCUUGUCCCGUGGCUCCCACCAGCGUCCCUCAGAUGCCACGUCUGCCAAGGUCUCCACCAUGAAAAGGGGCUCGGAGAGAGCCGCUCGCCUGAGCUCCGACCCCGACGAGGACAUCUGCCUUUCGAGGCAGAGACACAAACCGCUCCAAGUCCGAGAGAGAGGAGACUUCGCGGCGCAGAGAAGACGGGACCUCAGGCAGCGGAAAAGCCUGCAGCCCCCGCACUGGGGCGCGGGACUGAGGCCUGAGUGGCAGGAGGCCCCUCACCAGCACCCCCGAGGAUGGGAGCGGCCAAGCUUAGCACAUCUGUUAGGGGCGGGGGGAGGAUGGGCCAGGGAGCCUGAACCUGACUUGGAGGGGCCGGCCUGGCGAGGGGCAGCAAGCUGGUGGCCCCGGGGCUGGGAGAAUCAGAGGGCGGCCGUCAGAGGAGAGAAGCGUCGCCAAGAAGACCCGGGCAGACUGCAGCCCUGGUGCACCAAGGCCCGGAGGACAGUGGUGGGUGCGGAGAGGAAGGGGGCUUUCAAAGCCACGGGCCAGCCACAUCCUGCCCCUCCCCUGGGUCCCCCAGAGAAGAAUAAAGGGAAGCAGGGGCCUUCAAGGAAGACUGGCGGUGGCCGCUGUCCUGCUGACCCUUGGGUGAACGGAGGCCUGGACACAAGAAAGCUCUCGGCUGCUACAGGGGGGACCUCGGUCUCCAGGGAAAGGGAGAGAGACCUCUCCCGGGGCAGGAGAAGGACAGUGGGUUGGACGGCCCAUCUGGUUCCAGGCCGGAACAACUGUCUGCGUCCGAUUCCCGAUGGCCGGGUGGACAGUCUGGAGCCUCUGCAGCCAGUGGGCUCGACCCGAGGAGGGAGAGCCUCGCCCCCGGGCCAGCGCUGGGAAAAGAGCAAGUGUAGGAAGGAGCUGGAGCUGGCCUUCGAGAAGUUGUUUAACACACACAGAAAGCUGCAACGACACCUGAGGCUGCACCUUCAGUCCCUGACAGGGGUGGGUGCAGACCCCAAGGAAGGACAGGGCUUCUCAGAGGCACGUGGACACCACAGUGAGACCUGGACGGAGAAGACAGUGGCGGCCUCGGACACGGAGCUGGUGCCUGACAGGGAGGCCACGCGUGCAGCCCAGGAGCACGCCCACCACGCGCCGCCCAGAAGCAACCUGCAGAAGCUGCUGAGCAAGUUCGACGACCAGAGGUAUCGGGGGAUGCUCGAGCCCCCUCUUAAGGACAAGGGGAACCUGUCAUCUACUGAGAUAGGAACACUGAUCAGCGAGGAGAGCACGAGCUGGUCCAGCGCGAAAUCCAGGCAGGAAUUGCCCAGACUGGACACACUCUCGCUGCGGCUUCACCCGCAGGGACAGGCGGACAGAGCCGGCUUGGUGGCUUCAAGGCUGAAGCAGGACAUGGAGCAGAGAAGACAAACGCAGCUGGAAUUGCUUGAACCCCCAAAGGUGAGCUUGGAAGUCCUCGGCCUGACGGAUCAAGGUGAGAGGGGGGAGCAGACGAGAGCUCGCCCAGCGCGUGCCGAGGCUUCCUCCCCUCGGGACCCGGGGAAGGAUGGCGGAUAUGGGUGCAGGCCCGCCUCCCCCCCGGCCUCCAGCAGCAGCGACUAUGAAGACGACGACGGCGGCCAGAAGAUCCGUGACAUUCAACAGCAGAUUUUAGAUCAGGGCAAGUUGCACCAGCAGUUUCUUGAAGAAGCCAGGAAACGCUUGCGAGAGUUUCAGAGGUGA